CGACGUCGCCGCGGCGGUAUUGAGUGGGGUGGAGGUUACGUUGUAAUAUUUAUACUUUCCUUGAUUCUCCCUUCCACAAAUGUUGUUAUUGGCGAAACAAGGCAGUGCAUAAAGUCCAAGGAAACAACCACGACAUUCUUGCAUAGUUUAGAAAAAAAAUACGGUUGCAUUUCGACAAGGUUUAGUACACCGACUUUACAAAAUGGGCCCUUUAAUAAUGAGCGUCAGAGUCUGCUCUACCUUUCGUUCAAUUUGCACUACUGCGGCUAGACCAAUUUCUGCCAAUGUAAUGCUAAAUCCUAAAGACGAUGCGAAGGAAGUCGUGUUAAAAUAUUUGGAUGGGAAAGAUAACGGUAUCGUGGUAGUAGGACUGAACCGACCCUCUGCUCGCAAUGCGCUUGGAAAAACUUUAGUCGGUCAGCUAAGCGAUGCGAUUUCUUGUAUCAAAGAGGAUACAAAACUGAGAGUGAUAAUCAUCCGCAGCUUAAUCCCAAAAAUAUUUUGUGCCGGCGCAGAUUUGCGAGAAAAAUUAAAGAUGGAUAAUUCGGAAGUUCCAAAGUUCGUUUGCUCGCUAAGAAAUAUUAUGACCAACAUAGAAUCAUUGCCGACUCCCGUGAUAUCAGCUAUAGACGGCGUAGCUGUAGGUGGAGGAUUAGAAUUGGCAUUAGCCACGGAUAUAAGGGUAGCGGCCUCCGAAGCUAAAAUGGGACUCGUAGAAACAAAAUUGGCUAUUAUACCAGGGGCAGGUGGUACCCAACGGCUUCCAAGAAUAGUUGGAGCUGCUAAAGCGAAAGAGCUCAUCUACACAUCGCGUAUACUCGAUGGUGAAAACGCCAUGAAGAUUGGUCUUAUAAAUGAAGUUGUUCCGCAAAAUAAAGAUGGUGACGCUGCUUACCAGACUGCUCUCUCCAUUGCGAGAGAAAUAUUACCUAAUGGACCGAUCGGUGUCAAAGUGGCAAAAGUAGCAAUAUCAAAAGGCCUUGACGUGCCAAUCGUGGAUGGACUUGAAAUCGAAAGACAAUGUUAUAACAAAAUCGUGGACACAAAAGACAGAAUCGAAGGACUUGCGGCAUUUGCAGCGAAACGAAUACCUGUUUAUCAGGGCAUGUAAAUCUACAAAAUGAAGGUGCAAUAUAUUUUACAAUUUCGUUACGCUUAAUAUAUCAGAGAAAUGUAUUUCUAUACUAGCAUCGAACACGGAAACCGAACACGCUACUCUUUUAUUACGGUCUUGCAACGCAACGAAUUUUUACAUAAAUGUGUUCAAGAAAUAUUUGCAUUUAUAACAGAACAUUUGGGCUUUACACUCCAGGAUUGUUUCCUUCAACGUGAUCAUCUAGAAUAUUUCCGUUUUGUUUUUGUUUUUAAGAUACGAAAACGUAUCGAAAGAAAAGACCGUUCACUUCGAAAUAUUGUAAUAAACGAAUAUUUCUUUUCAGUACAAAGUGAACAAUAUUUUGCUACUUUUUAUAUCUUCAAACUAAACGGAGAUAUUUUAAACGCUUGUGUCGAAGGAAAUAACCUGCGUAAUAAUAAUUUCAUGCCAUAGAUUAUAUCUUUAAAUAUUUUAUAAUUUACUCUUGUUUAAAGAGGAAGAUUUAUUAUAUUUCAGAUUUGUUAUAUUAAUAUUGUUGUUAAGAUAGGCAGAUAUUAUUGUUGUUGAGGUGAGCAUGUGUUUAUGAAUGGGGGAAAGGGGGAAUGUACACAUAUUUU